CGUCAGUAUGGAGGCAUCCAAAGCAGACGGCGUGUUGGCACCUUUACCUGGACGAUGUGCUUUUUAUGUCACUAAAAAGAAACGAUACUGCAAAAUGAUUGUUGGGAAAGGAAAGACCUUAUGCGGGGAACAUGCAAAUGCUGUAUGUUUGUAAAAGAAAAUACAUUACGGGCGAAGAGACCGAGAAAAAACGAAUACCAUGUCCUUUGGAUCCCAAACAUACAGUAUAUGAAAAUAAUUUGGCUAAACACCUGAAGAAAUGCAACUCCAAGGAAAAGCCAAAACCUUGUUAUUAUGUGAAGGACAUCAAUGCUGGGUGUGGAAGUGAAGAUGAAACCAUAGAAGAGGUAUCAAUCGCUGAUCGAACCAAAGAGGAACUGGAUGAGUUGAUUGUGAAACUCAAGACCGCAUUGAAAGGGCUGAACACAAAGAUUGUCGAAAGCACACUUUCACACUCCGCUCUCGAUGAACCUUUAAAUGAUCCCAAAAAUGGAGAUUCUGCCUUCAAACACCUAAAGCAACAGGCCUCGAUCUUGGGAAACAUGGAAGCUUUGGAAUUGCUCAGCCCAGAGAGAUGCUACAUAGAGUUUGGAGCCGGAAAAGGAAAACUGUCUCACUGGAUUCACAUCGCUCUUAAAGAAGCUGAAAACGUCCACUUUUUACUCGUGGAGCGGUCCAGUACUCGUUUCAAGGUAGACGGCAAACACAAAAAUGCAGACUCAACAUUUGAAAGGCUGCAGGUCGAUAUUCAGCAUCUUGAUUUAAAUCAGGUUCCCCUCCUAAAGGAUAAAAGACUUCCUGUGGUUGGAGUUGGGAAGCAUUUGUGUGGUGCAGCAACAGAUCUCGCCCUUCGAUGUUUAUUCGACCACUUGUGCGAUGAAAAUGACGAACCUCCGACCAAACGCUUAAAGCUCCGGCAGGAGCAGGGAGCCGGUGAUGAAAUGAAAUCCGUUCCUCCAACCGAAGCCACCGGUGGUGGCCUUGUAGUGUCAGGAUUGGCUGUUGCUUUGUGCUGCCACCACCGUUGCGAUUGGAGACAUUAUGUUGGAAAAGAGUUCUUCAGGCAGCGAGGUCUCGGUCCGGAGGAUUUUGCCGCCUUUCAGCGCAUGUCGAGCUGGGCUACGUGCGGGAUGAGGAAAUUCGGCUCCAAGAUAUCAGAACAACCGAGUGACCGUAAUACAGAGGAAGAGGAUGAACAUGAGAAGAACGAGGAAGCCGUACCAGAUAUCCUUAACGGUGUAAUGUCGGUUGAAGAUCGCGAACAGAUUGGACGUCUUUGUAAACUUUUGAUCGACCAAGGCCGAGUGUAUUACCUCAAGCAAAGAGGUUUCGAAUCCAGCUUGAAGUACUACACAAGCAGAGACGUAUCGUUGGAGAACGUGUUACUGACAGCCGUGCCGUCAUCGAAUCAGAAUACAGAAAGUACAUGACACAAACAAGCAGACAUAUCAGCAAAGCAGUGCACAUUUCAUUUUUAAUUUUUUAGCUCAUCCACAAAAUUUUAAGAGCUACCAGGAACAGGAAGCUGACAACAGCAUAAACAACAAAACAUGAUGACAAUGGACUUCACAUUGUUGGUUCAUAAGAACAGGCAGGGCCCAGAAGACAAACCAGCAGACGGUAGCCAGCAUGCUAGUCACAAAGAUGAUGCUAGCUCUGGCACGGCAUCCAACGCCAUGUUUAGCACUGAUGUGAACGUUUGGGAUCCUGCAAUACACAUUUGAGUUGGUCAUUAAGAGGGUCUGAAGGCUUUAGUUUUAUUACUGUUUUAUUUAUGCAAUGUUUUAUAUUAAACUAGUGUGCACGCAA